AUGGAGCCGCUAAGAAGACGCAUUCGCCGGUGGCGCAACGGCUUGGAAUCCGAGUUUACCGAUCCAAAAACGUUUUUCAAAAAAGCUUGCUCCUCGGUUUCAAAAUACACGGCUAUUUGUGGCUGGGAACGUUUCGAGGCAAACUACACACGUUUGAACGUGAGGUUUAUUUUUCUGAUGGUUGACAUUUUCUUCUAUAUGGUGGGACUCGUCAAAGCGUACAUCUAUUCCCACGACACCAUUUAUGAUCUUCUCCAGUACAACAUGAAACGAUUUGAAAAUCCCAAGAAAAUCCCGGAAAUUCACACCUCCCUGAUGAAAACGGCUUCCUGGUGCACAAUUUCGGUGAAACUGAUUGCACCUGCUUAUUUCACGUUGGCAGCAUUCACGGUGAUCUUCUCUGUAGUCAUUUCCGCGUUUAAUCGUCGUUUUGAGCUGCCUUUUGGAUUUUUCAUUCCGGGAGUCGAUCGAACCAAGUGGGUCGGAUAUCUGCUGAAUCUGGCCUUUCACACACUGCAGGCGUUUGAGGCUGGCGCUGGCUUACUAGCCACUGAUUUGUGCUUCUUCAAUCUUAUGAUAAAUGCCAUCGGACAGUUGGAUGUUUUGAUCAUUGGUUUGAAGAAAUUAGGCGAAGCUGUCACGUCGGACGAAUUUGCAGAAGCUGAACUUUUAAAUGACAUAAUUGAAAAGCAUGUGGAGCAUGUCAAGUAUCUCUCUGCGAUGGAAUCACAUAUGAAGGCUGGUUACUUCAUCAAUAAUGUAUGCCUGAUAACUGAAUUAGUAACAUGUUUGCAUGUUGUUCUAACAAAUGAUGAAAUUUGGUUUACUGGAAUAUCGCUGGCAAUCUGCUAUUCUUUUCAGUUAGUGAUUCCUUGCUUCAUGGGAACAUUUCUUUCCAGUAAGAAUGACGAGCUUAUUCGCGAAAUCUACAACAUACCCUGGAACGAGCUGCCGAUUCCGGCCCAACACUCGUUGCAAUUGUUACUGCAUGCGGCCCAAAACCCGGUCACCCUUUCGGACGGAUUCGCUCCGAUAGAUUUGGAUAGUUUUUUGGAGAUCUACAAGAAGAUAUACUCGUACUUGGCAAUGAUUCAAAACAUUAACUAA